CUUCACAGCGGAAUGCUCGUCUAACAACACUCUUCGGUUGGUCGUUGAUAAUCUGCAUCUAUUUACGAUCGCUUCACGGAUGAUAAUGUGCUUCCGGAUGAUUUCGAAGUGACCCGAGUGACUCGAUAAUGACUCCUAACCGUAUAUCUUGCCUCGUAUUUACCACGGAUGAGUGAGCGAUAAAAACAGAACGGGGGAGAGAGACUACACGAAACGCUGUCGCCUGUGCCUCGUCGAUUAUGUCCGUGUAUAAUGUCAAAGACGCACAGUCCAACGCAUUUUAACGGGGACACGGACAGCUUUUACGAUCCGAACUUUCCGGCGGAUAUUAACGCGCGGAUGCGAGUCCCUAGAAGCAUUCGUGUGAACGGAGAUUGCCUGGAGGAGGAUAUCGCUGUCACAAAUAGAACUAUGUGGAGUCAAAUACCAGCCAUGGAGAAGCUUGAAAUGCACGUGCCAGACAGGAUUCUUGUUGUCGGACAAGAGCAGCAUGUUGGUACCAAGGCGCCACCGCCAGAGAUUGUUUUAGAAAAUGCUGUAAUGCGCACCGAGCCUGCUAUAGUCAGAGUACAGACACCCCCGAGAGUUUUGACUCUGGGCAAUCAUUACUUCCCAGCAGUGGACGAAGAGGAACCCCCUGUGCAUCACAAUGAAGUCGUAAAGGCAGUGGAUGUAGCACCUAAAACUUACAAUGCAGAAACGCAGAUAACGAGACACGUCAGAGAACAAACGCCCUUCAAUGCCCUCGACGUGUCUCUGCCGCCCAGCGAGGAGGUUCAGCACUUACGUCGCCAAGUAGGUAAAUUAAACCGCAGGGUGAUGGCACUCGAGCUGGACAUGCUGCAUCGCCAGCAGAGAGACAAGCUUCUGUAUAUGGCGACCAUAGCGUAUUUCAUUUUGAAAGCCUUUUCCUGGAUAACUAGAAACUGAAGCGAGUUUAUUCAAAAGGAGACGGGAAUGAGAGAGAAAAAAAUGCCAGAUAUUUAUUUCCUUAGAACAAAAAACCAGCUUCUUGAGCCGUUCUUGCUGUGCGAAAGUAUAACCAAAGACUUAUUAACGUCUCAUAUAUCACCGGGGAUAAACGACGAUGCGAACAAGACGCAGCAUACCUAUUGGUGUGAGCGUUUCUACAUCGCAUGAUUAAAAAGGCAGAUGACAAGUGUAAUGAACGAUCAUCUUACCGUGUUAAAAGUAAAUCUCUCUUCGUUUUAAAGGAUAUGUACCCUGUUAGAUUUGACAAUAUGUAUAUGUGUUACUGUUAAUGUAUAUACAGCAUUCGGGGAAUUAAUAAACUGGGUUAACUUUCA